GGUGGACUUUACUAUGGCAUGGGCUUUCCUGUCUGGCUGUCGUCCGUGUUCUUCAUUCUUGUCACCCUCGUCUUUACAGGAAUCUGCAUUUAUUACUCACAGGAAACUCAGCUCAGGGUUGCCCGUGGACUGUGUUACAUAUUCCUGUUGGCUAUGGCUGUUGCAGUUGUGGGAACGGCGAGUCAAAUGGUGUUGGCCAGCACCUCGAGUGAGCCGCCCGUAGGUAACGUCGAUGGAAUAUACGAGGGAUGCUUUCCUGAGUUUACCAACUCAAAUGAUCUUCUGCUGCCUCAUGCACGAAGUGUAAUCAAGGAUCUGACCAAUGUCAAGUGCAGGGACCAUUGUCACCAUGAAGGCUUCGACUAUUCAGGUACGGGAUUUCCAGCUGUGUGCUUCUGUGGAACUGCCGAAGAUGUGGAGAACGUGACCAAGCUGCACGAGAACAUGUGUGACUUCCCUUGUCCAGGCGACAGUGAUGAUUUCUGUGGGGGCGAGCAAGACCAAAUAUCGGUUUACUACAUACAUGAAUUACUUGGGGUCAAGCUGCCCGUAGACGUGACUACCCUGUACAUCGCCAUAGUCGCUGGGAUACACAUCAUAACAGCAAUCCUUCAUCCAGGGGAAAUCGCUUGUGUUAUCAACGGCGCGGUGUACUUGCUCACAUUGCCGUGUGUCUACAUCCUCAUGAACGUCUUCAGCAUCUGCAACCUCACGGACCAGUCGUGGGGAACAAGGGAGCCGAGAUCACAGCAAGAAGAGAGCAAAAGAAACGUCUUCGUUAACAUCAUGACCAAGAUGCGCCAAUGUUGGACGUUCUGCAGGCAAUUCUAUCAGGAACCAGAAGAAAACGAAGAGGCUGAGAGGGAACCUAUGAAGGAUGAGGUUGACAAUGGCAAGUCCCAAGCAGAUGAUGUCGGGCCUUCCGGAUCCGGGGAGAAAACUGAGAAGGGUAUGUAG